UCUCCUUGGUGUAGGCGGGCUGAUCAAUGCGGAAAUCUCCCUGUGUACUGGAGGCUGAGCGUGAUGUCCUUGCCUGCUUGUUUUUGGGCUAACCUGAAUUAAAAUCUCACCUUCUUUUCGUUGAAGGUCACUGUUUUGUCAUUACCAGAUUUGACUCAAGAAGUCUGUUAUGCCUUUUCAUAAAUACUCCCCCCAAAUUUGGGAGGCCCUGAAACUAAAGCAGGGCAUCUACGCUCGCCUCCCCCAACACUACCUCAAGACCCUUGAGCCGAAAGAUCCCACACCGGUCCAUUGGAGACCUCUGGGCGUCCAAUACCGAGCCAACCCAAAGACUGGGAAAAAGGAGCGGGUGCAGGAUGUACCGGUGCCCGUCUUAUACCCUCCACAAUCCCAGGAUGGCCUGUGGGGAGGAGAGGGCUGGAUACGGGGCUACAGAUACGCCAACAAUGACAAAAUGUCGAAUCGACUUAAGAAGACCUGGAAACCACUGCUGUUGAAGAGAGAGUUUUACAGCGAGAUCCUCGAUCACAAGUUCACCAUCACAGUCACACCGCGCACGCUGGACCUCAUCGAUGCUGCCUUUGGAUUUGACUUCUAUAUCCUCAAAACAUCAAAGGAAGACCUGAACUCAAAGCUGGGCAUGGACCUAAAGAGGGCCAUGAUGCUCCGCCUGUUGCGCAAAGACACAGAGCUCUACCCCGCAGACCCUGUGAAGAGAGAAAAGGUCUACAACACAUACAAACAGCAGUUUGAGAUCCCAGAGGAGGAGGCGGAGUGGGUCGGUCUGAGUCUGGUCGAGGCCGUGGAGAAACAGAGGCAGCUGGAGCACAAGGAGCCGGAGCCUCUGUUUGAGGCCUGUGUGGAGCAGCUGGUGGAGGAGCUGCACAUUCAAAAGCUCUCGGAACCACACGUCACAGAGAAGGAGUGACUUGUCCGAGCGGAACAGAGGCAGCAUUUUCAAAAUGAAGUAGGUUGAACUUUAAAAAGGUGUUCAGAGCGUAACCAAGUCUCUGCUUCUGAAGCCUUUUCCCCGGGAGAACUUUCUACAACUUGUAUUUCCAUCUGGGAGCGACAGAAGAGACACAAACGACGAGGUCAUGUUGGAGUAACUCUUAUUUAUUUCAGUUUGUAUUCAAGAUCUACACACAAGACAUUUAAAGAACUAAGUGUAAACCCCCCCGACCACCCUUUUUCGGGAUAUCUAAACAAAAUUAAAGAUUCCUGCUUUUUUCUUAAA